AUGAAACCGUCGUCCUUCAAAGGAGGGAUAGAACCAAUGAAAGCUGAAGCGUGGGUGUUGGGAAUAGAGAAGCAAGGGAACAAGACUGUUGCUGAGUAUGAAGCCCAAUUUGCCGAAUUGGCCCGAUUUGCUCCUCAUAUGGUGGACACAGACUAUAAGAAGGCACGAAAAUUCGAAGGGGGAUUACGGGGUGCUAUUCUGGACCGAGUUAAUAUGUUGAAGUUGCCUACUUAUGUAGAAGUGUUGGAGAGGGCCAUUAUAGCAGAAGGGGAUAUUAAUGCACAAAACCGAAUUUCUGAAUGGAAAGGAAAAAGGCAAACCAAUCAGGGGUCGAAGGGUAUAACUGCUCCACCAAAUAAGAAACACAAUUCAGGAACUUCAAAUGUUUUUACCCCUAAUCAAGAUUCAAUUCCUGUAUGUGUGGAGUGUGGAAAGAAACACCGUGGAAUAUGUUAUCCGAAGUCGGGAGCCUGCUUCCAGUGUGGGAAAACGGGUCAUGUGAUAAGGGAUUGCCCUCAAAGGAAGCAGCAACAAAGUGGCAACCGGACUACUACCAGUUCAGCGAGGUCUGCACCAACUACCAACACCAAGGCAUCAGUCAACCUGAAUAACAAUAAGGAAACCGCGCGACAAGGCAGGGUGUUUGCAUUGGUUCCAGGGGAUGUGCAAAAGGCGGCGACAGUGGUGUCAGGUACAUUUAUGGUUCACAGUCAUUCUGCUUGUGCAUUGUUUGAUUCCGGUUCCACCCAUUCUUUUAUGUCAAAGCUAUUUACUCCUAAUUUAGAUACAUCUGAGGAAGUAUUAUCUUAUAUGCUGUGUGUGUCUUCACCGUUGGGAAAUUCUAUGAUUUGUACUUCUAUAUAUGUUGCAUGUGAACUCCACCUUGGGGAUAUUGGGGUAUACGCUAACUUAAUACCUCUCGAUAUCAUGUAUUUUGAUAUUAUACUGGGGAUGGACUGGUUGAGUGAACAUAGUGCAACUAUAAAUUGUUUGACUAAGCAAGUGAGUUUUUAUCCUCCUGGUCAAGCAGAAUCUACAAUUCAGGGACAGGAGGUGACUUCUCCACCAUAUUUGAUUUCCGCAGCAAAGGCUUGUAGAUUAAUUCAAAAAGGGUGUCAAGGGUACUUGUGUAGUGUUGUAGAAGAACAAAUGGUGAAUGGGGGUACUGACAUAAUUCCAGUUGUCCGUGAAUCUCCGGACGUCUUCCCAGAAGAGUUACCGGGGCAAUUGAUAGAUCGGGAAAUUGAGUUUACAAUUGAUAUAGUACUAGGAACUCAACCUAUUUCUAAGACUCCGUAUAGAAUGUCACCUGUUGAGAUGAAGGAAUUGAAACAUCAGUUGCAAGAUUUACUAGACAAGGGAUUCAUUCGCCCGAGUCUUCAAGGAGCACAAGUCUUUUCUAUGAUUGAUCUACGGUCUGGCUACCAUCAAUUAAAGGAUAAGGCUGAUGAUGUUGAUAAGACAGCCUUUCGAACUCGCUAUGGUCAUUAUGAAUUUCUGGUUAUGCCCUUUGGAGUUACUAAUGCCCCAGCAGUUUUUAUGGAUUUGAUGAACCGUGUCUUUAAACCUCAUUUGGACGAAUUUGUGGUGGUUUUUAUUGACGAUAUUCUCAUAUAUUCGAAGACUGUAGCAUUUCUGGGGCACGUUAUCACUAAGGAAGGAGUUUCUGUUGAUCCACAUAAGAUUGAGGCAAUCGUGAGUUGGCCAACUCCCACUAAUGUGACCGAAGUGCAUAGUUUUAUGGGGUUAGCUGGCUAUUACAGACGGUUUGUUCAAGAUUUCUCAAAAAUUACUGUGCCGCUUACACAACUGACUCGAAAAGGAGUUACAUUUGAAUGGACAGAAGAACGGGAGUCUACUCUCCAAGAAUUGAAGACAAAGUUGACAACAGCACCAGUUUUGGUCCUGCCAUCAGGUACAGAGGGAUAUGUCAUCUAUAGUGAUGCUUCGCACAAAGGACUUGGUUAUGUACUGAUGCAAAAUGGAAGAGUCAUCGCUUAUGCUUCUCGGCAGCUGAAACCCCACGAGAAGAGUUAUUCCAUGCAUGAUCUCGAGUUAGCAGCAGUUGUCUUUGCUUUGAAGAUAUGGAGACAUUAUCUGUAUGGCAGUACUUGCGAAAUCCAAUACCAUCCUGGCAAAGCCAACACAAUUGCGGAUGCACUUAGUCGAAAAAGUAUGGGGACUUUAGCAAAUUUGGUUACAGGGCAAAAGGGAUUGGCAGAUGAAUUGGCUAAAAUGGAAGUGGACCUUAUAUUACAUGGGCAGGAGGCUUUAAUAGCAGCAGUGGUGGCCUAA